AUGGGAAGUUGGUGGUACAGUAGCAGCAGCAGCACUAGUGCGACUACAACUAUUCUCCAGAGCUUCUGUUUCGGAGGGAAACAUGUUAUUCGCCCUUCUUCCUCGUCGUCUUCUUCUUCUUCUUCUCCAAGGUUCAUUCCCCUCCGGCUUACUAUUGGCUGGAGAAAUUUCUCAGGCCCUGUUUUGAAACCGCUCCACAGCUCUUUUCCUCGUAAUGAAGUUUACGCAGAUUCCACAAAAGGCAUAUCCUCAGCUGCAAGAGUGCAGCCCAUUGCUGAGGAAUUUGUGAAUGACCAGGUCAUUGAUAACCCUACCAGUGGCGAUUCCAUUCGCCGUCGGUUUCUUGAGUUUUUCACGGCCAGGGGUCACAAGGUUCUUCCAAGUGCUUCUCUCGUUCCAGAUGAUCCAACGGUCCUGCUGACAAUAGCUGGGAUGCUUCAGUUCAAGCCUAUAUUCCUUGGAAAGGUACCCAGAGAAGUUCCUCGAGCUGCAACUUCCCAGAGAUGCAUCCGCACAAAUGAUGUUGAGAAUGUUGGCCAAACAACUCGUCAUCAUACCUUUUUUGAGAUGCUUGGAAACUUUAGUUUUGGAGAUUACUUCAAGAAAGAAGCUAUCAAAUGGGCAUGGGAUCUUACCACCAUUGAGUUUGGACUGCCAACUGAUAGGCUGUGGGUGAGCGUAUACGAGGAUGAUGAUGAGGCAUUUGCCAUAUGGCAAGAGGAAGUUGGCGUUCCUGCAAAACGUAUAAUACGGCUCGGGAAGGAUGACAACUUUUGGAGCAGUGGAGUAACUGGUCCAUGUGGUCCCUGUUCUGAAAUCUAUUACGAUUUUCAUCCUGAGAGAGGAGAGUCAAAUGUGGAUCUAGGGGAUGAUACCAGAUUCAUAGAGUUCUAUAAUCUUGUUUUCAUGGAGUACAACAAGAAGGAUGACGGCUCACUGGAGCCUUUAAAGCAAAAGAACAUAGAUACUGGGCUAGGCCUAGAGCGCAUGGCUCGCAUUCUUCAGAAGGUUCCAAACAAUUAUGAAACUGAUUUGUUAUUCCCCAUCAUAGAGAAGGCUUCAGAACUGGCUAAUGUUUCUUAUGCUCUUGCUGAUGAGUGCACUCAAAGAUACCUCAAGAUAAUUGGAGAUCACAUGCGUGCAAUUGUAUAUCUUGUAUCGGAUGGAGUCAUCCCAUCAAACAUAGGCAGAGGCUAUGUCGUCCGUAGGCUCAUUAGAAGAGCUGUUCGAAUGGGUAGGUUACUUGGUAUCAAGGGAGAUGGCAUGGGUGACCCAGAAGGAGCAUUUUUACCAAUACUUGCUAAAAAGGUAAUUGAAUUAAGCUCCUUUAUUGAUUCCGAUGUGAAGAACAGGGCUUCCCGUAUUUUUGAAGAACUAAGAAGGGAAGAGUUACGCUUUGUUCUGACAUUGGAGAGAGGAGAGAAGCUUUUGGAGCAAAUGUUGUCAGAGGCCCUGCAAAAUGCUCAGGGGAGUGGAACUGCUCCGUGUUUGUCAGGGAAGGAUGCAUUUCUACUUUAUGAUACCUAUGGGUUUCCCGUUGAAAUAACGCAGGAAGUGGCCGAUGGGCGCGGCGUAGGUAUAGAUAUGAAGGGUUUUGAUAUAGAGAUGGAGAACCAAAGACGCCAAUCUCAGGCAGCACACAAUGUCAUAAAACUUUCGGUUGAGAAUGGUACACUUUCGACAGAAAAUGUUCCAGAUACUAAAUUCAUUGGCUAUGACACCCUGUUUUCGGAUGCUGUGAUUGAGGGUCUAAUUGUCAAUGGCAAUCCUGUCGCACAAGUUUCUGAAGGAGAUGAGGUAGAAGUAUUGCUGGACAGGACCCCUUUCUACGCAGAAUCAGGAGGUCAAAUUGGAGAUAAUGGUGUUUUACAUGUCUGUGUGGCAGGGAAUUCCCAAAAAGCUACCGUAGAGAUAAAAGAUGUUCAGAAGUCUCUAGGAAACAUAUUUGUUCAUAAAGGUACUGUUAGACAAGGUGUUAUAGAGGUUGGCUCCGAAGUUGAAGCCAGAGUGGAUGCAAAGCUAAGGCAAAGGGCUAAGGUUCAUCAUACAGCAACGCAUUUGCUCCAAUCAGCACUGAAACAAGUAAUAGGGAAGGAAACAUCACAAGCCGGUUCCUUGGUUGCAUUCGAUCGUUUGAGAUUUGAUUUCAAUUUCCACCGACCUCUUCGAGACGAUGAACUCAUGGAAAUCGAGCGUCUCAUAAAUGGAUGGAUUGCAGAUGCAACACUUCUCGAAACAAAAGUUAUGCCUUUGACAGAUGCCAAAAAAGCUGGGGCUAUUGCUAUGUUUGGAGAAAAAUAUGGUGACGAGGUGCGUGUUGUUGAGGUCCCUGGUGUAUCACUCGAACUUUGUGGGGGCACCCAUGUCAGCAACACUUCGGAAAUACGUGGUUUCAAGGUCAUCUCAGAACAAGGCAUAGCAUCUGGAAUCAGGCGCAUUGAAGCGGUUGCUGGGGAUGCUUUCAUUGACUAUGUCCUUACCAGAGAUAACUAUAUGAAACAGCUUUGCUCCACUCUCAAGGUCAAAGCUGAAGAGGUGACGACAAGAGUGGAGGCUCUUCAGGAAGAAUUACGCCUGGCAAGAAACGAAGUCUCUGCAGCACGCUCUAAAGCCGCGAUUUACAAAGCUUCGACAAUCACUGCCAAAGCAUUUACUGUGGGAUCUUCGAGAAAGGUCAAAGUUAUAGUGGAGCACAUGGACGAUAUCGAUGCUGAUGCACUGAAGAGCGCAGCCGAGUAUCUGGUGGAUGCAUUGGGUGAUCCAGCAGCUGUUUUCCUUGGGUCAUGCCCAGGUGAAGGAAAAGUAAGCCUCGCAGCAGCUUUCACGCCCGGGGUAGUUGAACUCGGAGUCCAAGCUGGGAAAUUUAUCGGGCCUGUGGCUAAGACGUGUGGGGGAGGAGGGGGCGGGCGCCCAAAUUUUGCGCAAGCAGGCGGAAGGAAGCCUGAGAAGCUUUUAGAAGCCCUUGAAAAAGCACGGGAAGAUCUUAAGGAAAUUUUAACCGAAAAGGCUUCCUGA